AUGACAGGGAAAGUUUUGACAAUAACAGGGAAAGUCAUUCAUGCAACUAUAAGAUAUUAUAUGGGCCUUUACAUCUCACCUUGGUGUGUGUGUGUGUGUGUGUGUGUGUGUGUGUGUGUGUGUGUGUGUGUGUGUGUGUGUGUGUGUGUGUGUGUGUGUGUGUGUGUGUGUGUGUGUGUGUGUGUGUGUGUGUAGCAGAUUUGUAUGCUUCUUGUUCAGAGAAUAUCAAAUGAACAAUAUAUGAAUGUCAAAUAUACAGUACAAGCUCCUACUGUUGUUUUGCUGAAAGACAAGUACUGGUUCUGGUUCUGGCUACAGCCUGUAUGGUACCAGUUUAUUUAAAGGGGUAUGGUUUUGCAGUUUUUCUCUUCAAGGUCAGAACACGUAGCCACUGUUUAAUAUUUGUGUUCUUCAUUUUGUCAACUGAUAUACCAGUGUUGCUUCUGUCCCUAUCCUUGCCCUGAACCGGGCUAGAACAAGGGUCCAAAAACAUAAUACUUUUAUUUUAAUAAAUGUUUCUAUUCAGAUUUUUCAGGGGGUGAUGCAGCACCCUCAUCUUUCCUACUUCCCGUGCUACGCUACGGACCCUCUGAACACGUGUCAUCCAUGUAGUAGCGAUACCAGUCAGAUCACAAAAGCUGCAGAGCAGUGACCUUACAGAGCAGUGGUCCUUACAGAGCAUCGGUCCUUACAGAGCAGUGGUCCUUACAGAGCAGUGGUCCUUACAGAGCAGUGGUCCUUACAGAGCAGUGGUCCUUACAGAGCAUCGGUCCUUACAGAGCAGCGGUCCUUACAGAGCAGCGGUCCUUACAGAGCAUCGGUCCUUACAGAGCAGCGGUCCCUUACAGAGCAGUUGGUCCUUACAGAGCAUCGGUCCUUACAGAGCAGCGGUCCUUACAGAGCAGUGGUCCUUACAGAGCAGUGGUCCUUACAGAGCAGUGGUCCUUGGAAAACAACUACUUCUAGGUCUCAGUGAUUAAACGCUACUAGCGCACCGCUAACUAGCUAUCCAUUUCACAUCAGCUACACUGACGUCUCUCUCUCUCUCUCUCUCUCUCGCCCCCCACCCGUUCUCCCAUCCAUCCCUCCUCCCUCCCCCUUCUCUCUCCCCCUCUCUCUCCCCCACCCUCCCUCUCUCCCCUCUCUCCCCUCCCCCCUCUCUCCCCCUCACGCCCCGCUCUCCCCCUCUCUCCCCGUCCCUCUCUCCCCCUCUCUCUCCCUCCCUCCCUCUCUAACCCCCCCCCGUCCAAUCUCUCUCCACAUGGCCCUCCCACUCUCCACCUCUCUCCCCCACCCCCCUCCCUCCUCCCCGCUCUCUCUCCUUCCUCCAGAUCCUGGCCAUCCUCUCCAUUCUGUUCAUUAUCCUCUCCACCAUUGCCUUGUCCCUCAACACCCUACCAGAGCUCCAGGUGCUAGAUGAGUUCGGCCAGGCCAACGACAACCCCCAGCUGGCCCAUGUAGAGGCCAUCUGCAUCGCCUGGUUCACCAUGGAGUACGUUCUUCGCUUUCUCUCCUCACCUAACAAGUGGAAGUUCUUCAAAGGUAUAUAUACGCUGGACCCGCUCCUCAACUAAACUGAAACUGAUCCGACCGACCGACCGACCGACCGACCGCUGCAAGACGGAGCAUUUAUAUUGCAGCGUCAUCGCCUGCUUAACAGAUUAACAUUACUUUUGUAUUUUGUUUGUGUUUUAGUUAGUAAUACUGCCAAUUUUAAUAUUUAAAAUGUAAGUUGUACUCGCAAUUCAGCUUGUUGCUGCCACUUGUACAAUGUCUUGUUGAAGUAAAAACUGUUUUAUCACUCUCUCUCUCCCUACCCCUGUCCUUUGCUUUCGCUCUCUCUUUCACUUCCUUCUCUCCCUCUCUCUGUCUUAAAGGUCCCCUGAACGUCAUUGACCUGCUGGCCAUCCUCCCUUAUUACGUCACCAUCUUCCUGACGGAAUCCAACAAGAGCGUUCUACAGUUCCAGAAUGUCCGGCGUGUGGUGCAGAUAUUCCGGAUCAUGAGAAUAUUAAGGAUUCUGAAGCUGGCCAGGCAUUCCACAGGGCUGCAGUCUCUAGGUCUGUGUGCAUAUUGUUUAGCCUGGUGUUUCUUAAUCAUGGUCCUGGGGACCCAAACGGGUGCUCGUUUUAGUUUUUGCCCUAGCACUACACACCUGAUUCCACCAAUGAAAGGUUUGAUGAGUUGAUUCGUGAGCACCUCUUUGGGUUCCCAGGACCAAGAAACACUGUUGUUUGCCUCAUUGAGGACAUACAGUUUGAGUUGUUCUAAUCUAAUCUAAUCUAAUCUAAUAUAGGCUUCACCCUGAGGCGGAGUUACAACGAGUUGGGCCUGCUCAUCCUCUUCCUGGCCAUGGGCAUCAUGAUCUUCUCCAGCCUCGUCUUCUUCGCCGAGAAGGACGAAGACGCCACCAAGUUCACCAGCAUCCCCGCGUCCUUCUGGUGGGCCACCAUCACUAUGACCACGGUGGGUUACGGUGACAUCUACCCUCAGACUCUUCUGGGUAAGAUAGUCGGGGGUCUGUGCUGUAUCGCCGGGGUGCUGGUGAUCGCUCUACCCAUCCCCAUUAUAGUCAACAACUUCUCUGAGUUCUACAAGGAGCAGAAGAGGCAGGAGAAGGCCAUCAAGAGGCGGGAGGCGCUGGAGAGGGCCAAGAGGAACGGCAGUAUCGUCUCCAUGAACCUGAAGGACGCGUUCGCCCGGAGUAUGGAGCUGAUGGAUGUAGUCGUGGAUAAAAGAGGAGAGGACAAGCUCUGUGUGGGCCUGGAUAACCACCUGUCCCCCAGCCGCUGGGCCGGCACACCCAAAUGCACCGCCUCCGACACCAGUCUUCAUUCCCUGGAUAAGACGUUCCCCGAGUCCAUCCUCCUGGGGUCCACCCACCGCAUCACCAUCACCACCAGUGUAAGACCCCAGCGGCGGCACCUCGGCAGCCCUCAGUUCAGAGGCGGUACCUCUCAGCUUCUUAACGCUCAGAACCUAGAGACCAUGUACAACCAGAUGGCCAGGUCUCAGUCCUUCACCAACCUCAACACUUCCUGCUCCGUGAGCACCGUGAGCACCUCCACCGCCUUCACCACCACGGCAACCCCGGCGCCGCCGCUGCAACAGCACCCGGGGUCCCCUCCCACCCCGGUCCCGACCUUACAGAAAGUGGAGCUGGAGAUGCAGGAAGUCCCGCCCUCUUCUUCGACCGAGCCCUUACUGAAGGAAGUUGAAGGAAUACGGAGCCUGCCCAGCGUGGAUAGCUUCUCUAGCUGCAGGGACGAGUUCUCGGAGGGCUCUGGAUAUGGAAGAAAGCUCCCUCUGUCUCUGGACCUCCUCCCAGAGUCGAGUGUCGAUGACGUCCAAAGCCCCCAGGAUGCCACCCUCCUCAAAGACGGGAUGUAUGGGUUUGUUCACUAUGACCAAGAUGGUGCCACACAGUCCCCCAGAGACGACGCAGAGAGCUUCAACAGAACAGUGGAGGACAUCCGGAACUCCCUGAGAGGCAGUAUCAACCCCGUCGUCAAGGGAACUAAAGGGUUAAAGGUCAACUUCAUAGAGGGCCCCCCUACCGAGGUCCCCCCGACGCCACCCAGCACCACCUCCCGCCAAGACAUCAGCUCCAGCCUCCUGGAGGAUGAGUCCCCUGAGGGAGAGACCUCGCCACACCUCCCCAGCACAGAGGCACUUGACCCGGGCACAGAAGACGAGACCUUCCCCCUGUCCCCUGAGAGGCUGAUGGUGGUGAUGGACACCCCGCCAGGGGACGAGGACACCCUGGACCAGAGUCUCGGGGGUCAAGGGUUGGCCAACGACGAGAACCACGAGGAGAAGAAUCUGAUGGAGAUGGCGGGAGCGGCGGGGAACUGCACCCAGGGUGUGAUGGGGGGAGGGGCAGGUGGGGAGGGCAAGGCCAACAGCAACCAAAGUGGACUUAAAGCAGAGAACCACAUGUUUACACCAGAGAUCCCCCUGAUGACCGGGGACAGCAGUAUGUCCCCAACCUGCGAAACCAGCAUGUGA